UUAAAGUUUCUAAUGUCAAAAGAAUAUAUGAUAUGUAACAAAUUCGUCAAGGUAUUAUCACGUUUGGGAAAGGUUUUAAUUGUGUGUGUUAUUUUGGGGUCAAGUGUGAGUGAAGAACGUGAUUAAAAACGAUUUUACAAGUCACUUAGGUAGACUGGGUUCGCCUGAGUGUAUGUACAUAAUUUCGUCAACGUAAUUUCAUAAAGAUUCCACUUAUUUGAGUUCGUUUUAACACGUUCUUGGUUUUGUGUAACAUGUUGUUUAUGAGCUGGUAAAUAGCCUCGUCCGAACCAUCCUGAUCUCGCGAGUUUACAUACACUGUUUCGUUAGUGUAAGCUCGCGAAAUCAGGAUGGUUCGGAAGUCAAAUGGCGGCUUUAACGGUUUCGGUCGUCUCUAGGAGUUUGCUCGUGGUGAAAUGGCGACACGAGUAUAUGUAGUAGUGGAAGAACAGAGAUAAUGAUACUGGAAGCAGUGGUGCAUGUAGUAUAGAAACUCUAAAGAGGCCCAAGGUAGUAAUAAUGUGUCACAGUGGAAAGUUGGGAUGGUGUUUGAGGAGACCACAGGGCCUCAUUUACACCCUAUCUGAUUAACCAAGGCCAUAAAAAGAGAGGUGAAGUUAAACUGGGCUGCAUCUGUGUAAAUGAGAACUUGUUCUGAACUAGCCUACCUGAUUAAAUAAAGGUGAAAUAAAACAUUUAAAAAUGGCAGAUUGUUAAUAUCAUGUGCUAGUCAGGUUCAGCAAGGGAAGAUUAUUCAAUUGGAAAAUCAUAAUGGGACGAAGCUGAGAAGCCAUGACCCUGGAGCUUAUGCUAAAUUGAAGGGAGUAAUCUCUGAGGUCCCAAUAUCUAUGUCCAUGGAUGAUAUUGUUAAAGAACAUGUGAAGGAGACAAUGGUUGAAGCCUAAAGGUUGAUCAGUAGGAAAGAGGGUUAAAGAAGUGAAAGCUUAUCAGUGCUGUUGAGGUUUGAGAAGGUUUUGUCUGGAAAAGUACAGAAUAGGAUUCCUUAGCUUCCAUGUCAGAGAAUUUGACCCAGCCUCAUCAAUCAACCAAUCAAAUGUAUUUAUAAAGCCCUUCUUACAUCAGCGGAUGUCACAAAGUGCUUUACAGAAACCCAGCCUAAAACCCCAAACAGCAAAGUGUAGAAGCACAGUGGCUAGGGAAACCUCCCUAAAAAGGCCAGAACCUAGGAAGAAACCUUGAGAGGAACCAGGCUAUGAGGGGUGGCCAGACCUCUUCUGGCUGGAGAUUAUAACAGAAAAUGGCCAAGAUGUUCAAAUGUUCAUAGAUGACAAGCAGUGUCAAAUAAUAAUAAUCACAGUGGUUGUCGAGGGUGCAACAGGUCAGCACCUCAGAAGUAAAUGUCAGUUGGCUUUUCAUAGCCGAUCAUUGAGAGUAUCUCUACCGCUCCUGCUGUCUCUAGAGAGUUGAAAACAGCACGUCUGGUGAACAGGUCAGGCUUCCAUAGUCGCAGGCAGAACAGUUGAAACUGGAGCAGCAACGGAGAAUCAUCACAGUGUUUUUAAAUGCCAAAGAAUGGAACAUGUAGCUGUUGAGUGAAAAUAUGUGCCAAGUGGCUGGUCCUGUAGUAAGAGGACCUACUGUCAGACUGAUUGAGCUUCCAUGGCUGGUCCCGUAGUAAGAGGACCUACUGUCAGACUGAUGGAGCUUCCAUGGCUGGUCCCGUAGUAAGAGGACCUACUGUCAGACUGAUAGAGCUUCCAUGGCUGGUCCUGUAGUAAGAGGACCUACUGUCAGACUGAUGGUGCUUCCAUGGCUGGUCCUGUAGUAAGAGGACCUACUGUCAGACUGAUGGAGCUUCCAUGGCUGGUCCCGUAGUAAGAGGACCUACUGUCAGAACUGGUCUUUCUACUAGUCCUGACAUGGUUUCGAGGGCUGUUCAGAAAUCUUGCGCCCAUAAAUGCGCUGUGACGAAGGAUACUUUAAUAUUGAAUAAAAUAUACUUCAUAGCUUUCAUUGGUAAGGUUAUCAACAACUUGGAUUGUGUAAAGCAGAAAUACCAGGUUGAAAGUUAUCUUGUAAACUGCAGCAGAGUUGUUGGGGGUAACAGAUGUUACUGUCGGUAUGGUUUUUGAUAAGCUGGAUAACAUGGGGGUGGAUUGUUUCAGCAUGAUAUAGACCCCAAUGUUUGCAAACACAGAAAUUGAUCUAUUGAUAAAGUUUAUUGGGGGUGUGGGAGGGUUUUUGGGGAAGGGGAGGGUGUGGUAGAAGUUAAUAAGGAUUUCUUGGUUUAUUUUCUUAGUACAGAAUUAGACAGACAUGGACCUUAAACAUUUGUUUGCGGACCGCCAUGAUACCAUAGGAGGUCUUCAUCAACGGACUUCAGUGCAGGCCGACUCAGAUUAAGUCUGAGGCCGGUAACAUCAACAGUGAGGACAAACCCAGCCUGCCUCUCUCCUUCCACACUGAGUAGAAACCUACAGUCACUGGGUCCUGAUUGUGACAGUGGAGCUCAUUUUGCACUGCAGGAUUCAGAGAUGGCAUCAGUGAAGCUGGAAGACUGCAGUCAAACACUGGAGCUGAAUGUCAACAUUAAAGAUGAAGAAGAAGAGGAGGAGAAGAUUAGAACAACUGUUAGUCAUGGAUACCAUGUUGAGACAUUCUCUACAUCCAGAGUGCAACAGCAGGAAGAUCAGAGAGCUAAGAGGUCUCAUCACUGCCCACAUUGUGAAGAGAUUUUCCCAUUUCUAUCAAAGCUAAAAAUACACCUAAAAAUACACACAGGAGAGAAGCCUUACUCCUGCUCUGACUGUGGAACUGGUUUUUCUCAACUUGCCCACUUAAAAUCACAUGAACGUAUACAUACAGGGGAGAUGCCAUACUCCUGCUCUGACUGUGUAAAAUAUUUCAAAACAUCAACUCAACUAAAAGUUCAUCAGAGAACACACACAGGAGAGAAGCCUUAUUCUUGCCCUGACUGUGGAACUAGGUUCUCUAAACUUUCCACCUUAAAAUCACAUGAACGUAUACACACAGGAGAGAAGCCUUACUUUUGCUCUGACUGUGUAAAAUGCUUCAAAACAUCAACUCAGCUAAAAGUUCAUCAGAGAACACACACAGGAGAGAAGCCUUACUCCUGCUCUGACUGUGGAAAAUGCUUCACAACGUCAACUGAUCUAAAAGUUCAUCAGAGAACACACACAGGAGAGAAGCCUUAUUCCUGCCCUUACUGUGGAACUAGGUUCUCUAAACUUUCCAACUUAAAAUCACAUGAACGUAUACACACAGGAGAGAAGCCUUACUUCUGCUCUGAAUGUGGAAAAUGUUUUAAAACAUCAAAUGAGCUAAAAGUUCACCAGAGAACACACACAGGAGAGAAGCCUUUCUUCUGCCCUGACUGUGGAACUAGUUUCUCUCAACUUUCCUACUUAAAAUCACAUGAACGUAUACAUACAGGGGAGAAGGCAUACUCCUGCUCUGACUGUGGAAAAUGUUUUAAAACAGCAAUUGAGCUAAAACUUCACCAGAGAACACACACAGGAGAGAAGCCUUACUUCUGCUCUGACUGUGGAACUAGUUUCUCUCAACUUUCCCACUUAAAAAUACAUGAACGUAUACACACAGGAGAGAAGCCUUACUUCUGCUCUGACUGUGUAAAAUGCUUCAAAACAUCAACUCAGCUAAAAGUUCAUCAGAGAACACACACAGGAGAGAAGCCUUUCUUCUGCCCUGACUGUGGGACUAGUUUCUCUCGACUUUCCUACUUAAAAUCACAUGAACGUAUACAUACAGGAGAGAAGCCUUACGUCUGCUCUGACUGUGGGGCGAGUUUCUAUCAUCUGGGCAGCUUAAAAACACACCAACGUAUACACACAGGAGAGAAGCCUUACUCCUGCUCUGACUGUGGAAAAUGUUACAAAACAGCAAAUGAGCUAAAAGUUCAUCAGAGAACACACACAGGAGAGAGGCCUUACUCCUGCUCUGACUGUGGAAAAUGCUUCAAAACAGCAAAUGAGCUAAAAGUUCAUCAGAGAACACACACAGGAGAGAAGCCUUUCUUCUGCCCUGACUGUGGAACUAGUUUCUCUCAACUCUCCAACUUAAAAUCACAUGAACGUAUACAUACAGGGGAGAAGGCAUACUCCUGCUCUGACUGUGGAAAAUGUUUUAAAACAGCAACUGAGCUAAAACUUCACCAGAGAACACACACAGGAGAGAAGCCUUACUUCUGCUCUGACUGUGGAACUAGUUUCUCUCAACUUUCCCACUUAAAAAGACAUGAACGUAUACACACAGGAGAGAAGCCUUACUUCUGCUCUGACUGUGUAAAAUGCUUCAAAACAUCAACUCAGCUAAAAGGUCAUAAGAGAACACACACAGGGGAGAAAAAAGGUUAAUCAGAGAACGCAGGCAUGAGAGAAGCCUGCUUACGUCUGCUCUGACUUUUGGGUGAGUUUCUCUCACCAUAGCAACUUAACACACCAAUGUAUAGACUAUAGACGUCUAGCCAUAGGCUGCGUGUUUGAAUCUCAUCAAGGAGGACUUUAGCAAUUUAGCUAAUUAGCAACUUUGCAACUUCCUACACAUUUUUAGCUAUGUUAGCAUGUUAGCUUAGCAUGCAACUACUUAGCAUGUUAGCUAACCUUUCCCCUAAACCAAAACUCUACCUUAAACCCCUCACCCCUAACCUAGCUAACGUUAGCAACAACAAAUUGGAAUUCGUAACAUAUCAUACAUAUUACAAGUUCGUAACAUAUUGUAUGAAUAGCAAUGCGUAACAUAACAUAUGAAUUGUAAUUCUUAACGUCUGAUAUGUCCUACAAGUCGUAUUAUACUGAACAACAAUCUAAACGCAACAAUUUCAAAGAUUUACAGUUCGUAUAAGGAUAUCAGUCAAUUGAAAUAAAUGAGGCCCUAAUCUAUGGAUUUCACAUGACUGGGCAGGGGCUCAGGCUUGGGUGGGAUUUGGGAGGGCAUAUGCCCACUUGGGAGCCAGGCCCAGCCAUUCAGAAUGAGUUUUUCCCCACAAAAGGUCUUUAUUACAGACAUAAAUACUACUCAGCCCCCUCCCAGACAAUCCUGCAGGUGAAGAGUUCCUGGGCUGCCGUGGUUACAUGUGAUCUGCAGUUGUGAGGCCUGUUGGAUGUACUGCCAAAUUCUCUAAAAGGACUUUAGAGGUGUCUUAUGUUAGAGAUAUAAAUAUUGAGUUCUCUGGCAACAGCUCUGGUGGACAUUCCUGGAUUCAUCAUGACAAUUGCACAUUCUCUAAACUUGAGACAAAUGUGACAUUGUGUUGUGUGGCCUUUUAUUGUCCCCCAGCACAAGGUGCACCUGUGUAAUGAUAAUGCUGUUUUAUCAGCAUCUUGAUAUGCCACACCUUUCAGGUGGAUGGAUUAUCUUGACAAAGGCUGAAAUGCUCAUUAACAGGGAUAUAAACAAAGUUGUGCACAACAUUUGAGAGACAUUAGCUUUUUGUGCAUAUGGAACAUUGCUGGAUUUUUUUAUUUCAGCUCAUGAAACCAACACUUUACAUGUUUAGUUUAUUUACUGUGAUUGUCCAAACAUACUAAAUGGAGUGGCACUGAUGUUUUUUGUAUAAUAUAAAACGUUUUGCUCUGAGACCAGGUUGUCCCUCUGCAGUAUUCUGUGGGAAGGAGCUAGUAUACACUUUUUAAUUGUUUUUAUUGAACCUUUGUUUAACUAGUUAAGUCAGUUAAGAACAAAUUCUUAUUAACAAUGGUGGCCAAGGAACAGUGGGUUCAGAUUUGUACCUUGUCAGCUCGGGGAUUCAAUCUAGAAACCUUUUGGUUACUGGCCCAACGCUCUAACCACUAGGCUACCUUCCACCCCUAACAUGUAUCAGAUGGAGAUGGUGUGAUGAUCACUUUUCACCAUAAGUUUGGGGGGGAUUGUUUUACAACUUUAUUUAAUGAUACACAGUUUAUGAAAUUAAUACAUGUGUUUAUGAAUUGUCUUUAAAGCUAGAUGAGUUAUUUUAGUUACUGAUCAUGAAUGUGUUUGGAUAACUGCAUUGAAGAAAACGUUAUUGAUCUGCCAAUGAAAAAUAAAGUUACAUGAACCUCUUCUUCU